CGUAACAGUUCAUUAGGUCUCCGGGAAUUGUUUUCAAGUUUUCCAAAAAUUUCGUUAGAAUUGGAUUUCAAUUUUUUUUUUUCAAAAUAACGACAAAACUAUUAAAAUGAGAUUGAUGAUUUUGAUAAUCAUGUUUAAUCUUUCAAGUAUAAAAAUUUCAGUUGCCGCAGAAACAAAAACUUUUCCGGGCGCUGAGAUCAUCAUCCCAGCUAUCAUUGGACAGAUAAUACCGGCAAUCAUUGGUGGUGGAGCUGCCCAAGCACUUCCUUCGGUGUCUAUUUCACAUACAGGUUCUUUGGCAACAUCAGUCGCCAAUACACCCAUCGCUAUUAGUCAAAGUGGUACGAUUUCAACGAGUGGCUCCUCACAAACGCAUGCAGCAUCCCAGGCCGUGGUAAAGCCCGGUGGAUCCGUUUCCGCUUCCAGUCACGUUGGCAAUCAUCGACGACCCACAGCGAGACCAAGCUUUGGAGCUCUUUCAAAACGGUUGCAAAAAUUCCUGAAAAAUGUCGGUCGAUAGCUGGAGUAGGUAUACCUAAUGAUGAUUCGACAACUCCUCCUGGCAGGGAGUUGAUUGAAUCAAACGAGAGAAGAUAAAUCUCCGGGACUCGUUAGUGGGAGCUUAUUUGUUGAAAUGAAGAAUAUAAAAAAACGAAAAUGAUGGUUUUGCAUCUUGAUGUUGAAGCAGAUU